AUGGGGGACGUAUCCACGAUUCAACGCCCAUCCGGCACUGUUGCCAAGCAGGGUGAUCAGGUUGGGGAGCUGGUGUCGGCCGGAUGGACCAACGAGACCCACAACAUGUACAUCAGCUCCAUGGAGGUGUCCUUCAUGCAGCAGCUCCGUGGCCAGCAGCAGCACCACCACCACGCCUCUCCCGACAGGAGCAUGAUCCAUGUGGGUAGUGGCCAUGGGCUCAAGGUGCUCCAAGAGGGAGCCUCUGAUAACCUCGGGUCUGAGAAGAACGUACCUCGCCCGCGUGAUGUUGGUGCACGAGGCACCGAUACAGUUCAAGCGAUGGCUCCGAAGCAUGGAAGAGGAGUGAGCACUUGCGUCAGAGGAAAUCCUGUUGACAGAACCUCAGGUUGUUACACUUUUCAUCUUGUUUGCUGA